ACUUACGUGUGUCUUCCUCUGUGCUCCAUGUUGGAUAUCCCCUGUGUUGGAUAUAAUAAAAGCCUUAUUUCGUUUAUCCUCGGCUCCGUGUUCCUUCCGGCAGCGUAAACCGUAACAGUUGCAUCCAGACAAGUUUUUUUCCCAGAUGACCACACGGGUGAAAGCACCGCGAAAGCCUUCAAGCAGUUCCUUCAAGAAUGGAAUUUACAUGAGGAGAAACAAGUGUGCCUGACAACGGACAGCGGGGUCAAUAUAGUAAAAGCUGCCACUCUCAACGUAGACAAGACGGUCUUGCAUUAGCCAUUGUCUACACAUUGCUAUUGGUAAGUUGACUCUUUCUCUCUUGUGUCAGUAUAUUUAAUGCAAGCACAUGGAGUAAACAUGAGCUUAAUAUUAACUGUAUUUAUGAAUUGGUUUCUGCAUUAGUAAUGUGACUAUGCAGUAUUUUGUACAGUAAUUCAUUAAAUUAGCUAAUGUUUAUAUUUAAUAAAUGCAUUUAAUAUUGGCUGUGGAAUAGUUUACCUCAUAUCAGGGAAUGUUCCUCUCUUAUAGAGUAUAAACGACAUUUAAAAACUUACUUUUUCACUCUGGCUUUUGAUCAUUUAUGAGUGCUGUGUUAAUGGUAUGAUAGGAUAUUAAUAGUGUCGCUUUAGAGUAUGACGUUGUCUGUAGCAAGGUCCUUAUUUUAAAUGUCUUGAUGAUUGUUUUAUGUUACCUUUUGUACAGCACUGUGGUCAAUUUUUGUUGUAUUAGUACCGUAUUUUCUGGACUAUAAGUCUUUUUUUAACUGAGCUUUAACUUUUUUCUUUUAACUUUUUUUUGGUUUUGUUUUUUAUUGCAUUUAUUUUAUUCAAAAGAAACAUAAAUAAAUACUGCUGAAUACUACUAAAUAAACAAAUAGUUUUUGUUGUUGUUUUGCAGGGAGAAGCAUGAGGGAUACCAGGAAUGACAGAGCUGUGGAAGCAAGAUCUCACCAGUUAAGUUCAAAGUUCAAUAUUGGACUACAUGAACACCAAAUAUGAUGACUAAGAGGUUCAGGAACUGAUCAACAUGGCAACAGUUCUUGAUCCACGCUUCCGCACUCAAUAUAUGAGUCAAGAAGAGAUCCUGGUCAUCAAAGCCAGAGUAGUCAAAGAGGUGGAAUCCCUUUCUGCCAUGCCAAGUGAUGCUGGCUCUUCUACCCCUGUAAUGUCAUCUGAAUCAACAAGAAGCUCAGAGUGCAUCUAAAAGGCAGAAGAAGAGUCUUGGAAGUUUUUUUUCAAGAAACCAGCUGCUGAGAUGACCACCACCCUUUCUGAAACAGAGUAAAUGGAGGCUGAAUUAAACAACUACCUGCAUGGGCCACUUGCAAUCCCCUUACGUGGUGGAAGGUACAUGAGGCCUGAUGAAAAUGAAAGAAGAAAAGCGAGAUCUGAAUGAAGUAGAGGAGAAAUAUCAGGAUCAGAAACAUCAUGAUGUCAAUGGAGAAAAAUCAGUGAGUUGCGGCAUUAAAAAAACGGAAGUCAAGAGGCCUUUCAGCUGCUCUCAAUGUGGAAAGAGUUUCACAAGUAACAAAACUCUUAAGGGGCACAUUUUAAUUCAUACUGGGAUAAAGCCUUUCAGCUGCUCUCAGUGUGGAAAGAGUUUUACACAGAAAGCACACCUUAAGAGUCAUUUGGUAACUCACACUUCAGAAAAACUUUUCAGUUGCUCUCAGUGUGGAAAGAGUUUUACACGCAAAGAAAGCCUUAAGAACCACAUGAUAAUUCAUGCUGGAAUAAAGCCUUUCAGCUGCUCUCAGUGUGGAAAGAGUUUUACACAGAAAGGAAGCUUAAAUGAUCACAUGUUAAUUCAUGCUGGGAUAAAGUCUUUCAGUUGCUCUCAUUGUGGAAAGUGUUUCGUAUGUAAGAGUUAUCUUAUUAAGCACAUGUCAAUUCAUACUGGGAUAAAGCUUUUCGGCUGCUCUCAGUGUGGAAAGAGUUUUGCACAUAAAGCAAGCUUAAGGAAUCACAUGUUAAUUCAUGCUGGGAUAAAGUCUCAUAGCUGCUCUCAGUGUGGAAAGAGUUUUACACUGAAAGCACAACUUAACAUUCACUUGGUAGCUCACGCUUCAUAAAAUGCUUUCUGCUGCUCCCAGUGUGGAAAGUGUUUUACAUACAUAUCAAACAUUAAGAGGCACAUGUUAAUUCAUGCUGGGUAAAAGUCUUUCACUUGCUCUCUGUUUGGAAAAACUUUUACACAGAAAGGACAUUGUAAGGUUCAUUUGGUAACCCACUCUUCAUAAAAACCUUUCACCUUGGGGAGUCAAAGUAAAUUACUGUUUUUCUGAAUGACUGUCAUCAACUGGAUCACCUCAAGGAUGUGUCCUCUCCCCUUUAGUAUUUCUCUUGUACACAAAUACUCUAAGAGUAGUUUUAGAAAUAGGCAUACUAUAACAUUUACUGAGAAUUCAGUAAUCGUUAGCUUAUUGAGUGAGGAGUACACCAUGUUUGUCCCUGUGGUUGGAUUUUAUUAUGUAGUGUCAGAAUGCUUUCUUGAAAAAUACUGUAGAGGCACAAUAUGUAAUUUUGUUUCAUAGUUUGGCUGGUCCUGUGACUUAUAGUCAGGUGAAACUUAUUUAUCAAAAUUAAUUUGAUAUGAACCAAGAGAAAACAUUAGGAUUCAGGAUUCAAUACUUUAUUGCCAUACAACUCGGUGCAAGUUGUUAGGGAUUUGCUUCAGUUUGCUCAUAGCAGGACAUCAACAAACUACAAACAAAUACAUAGAGCAAAUAUAUACACAGACGAAAUCCCAUACGGGACGACACUUGACACAGGCAGAUAAAAAAAAUAAAGGAAACACAACACUCACCACAUAACUGCAUGACAGUCCAGGAUGCUAUAAUGGCUAAUGUCAAGUAAAAGUGACUAUUUGCAUAAGAAUACAAAAUGCAGAUCCACAGCUUUACAAUAAAUAUACAAAAGUACACGAGUAUGGUUAACAUAAAACAUAUAAAAAGGUUUAAGGUGUAUUAAAAAACAUACAAAUGCAAAUUAUGCGGACUCAUUAAGAGAGCCUUUUUUCAUAAAGGACUGGUUCAGGGGUUGAGAGAUGUUUAGAGAUUUAAUGGCUCUGCAGUAUGUGCUGUUGAGGAAGCGAGAGGUUUUUGUCUUAAUAGCUCUCAUCCUUCUCCCUGAUGGAAGUAGGGAGAAAAAGGAGUUGGCAGGGUGACUAUCAUCUUGUAGGAUCUUUAUGCCUUUCUGAUGGAAUACGGGCCUCAUAGAUGUCACAGAUGGGGGAGAGUUUGCCGCCAAUGAUUUUUGAGGCUGUAUUAACUAUCCUGUCUAGCUGCAACCUCUGUUGGACAGUAGAGUUGCCAUACCAGACAGUAAUAGAAAAAGUAAGGACACAUUACCAUCUACAGCCACGAGAGAGCGCUCUCUGCUGCUCAGUGCUACUGUAGCAUACACCUGAAAACAACUGAAAACUGUUAACUGAAAUAUUAACUUAAAGACAACUGAGAAAGACUGAAUGCUAACAAAAUGCCCCCAAAAAGAAAAUCCUAUUCUGCAGAUUACAAACUGCAGGUAGUAAAAUAUGCAGCUGAAAACGGUAAUUGGAAAUUCUAAAUAAAUGCGACUUAUAGUCCAGUGCAACUUAUGUUUUUUUUUUUCCUCAUCAUGACGUAUUUUUGGACUUAUUUUUUUGGACAUUUUGGGAAGGAAAUGUAGUGUUUUUGUUGUUAAUGUGAAAUGUUUGAUUGCUGCAACCAAAUUGCCUUUGGGAAAUGAAUAAAAUGAACUGAACUGCA